AUGGCUCAAGCACCGCCCACCUUCACCCCGGACAGCGAAUUCGCCGACCUGCAAACCCCCCGCGGCCCCAGCAGCGGGAGUCUGUCGGUGUCGGCCUUGGCACGGUUCGAAUUCGAGGCUGGCAAGGGCAACGAGGGGACCAAGAUCCUCAUGAUCGAAUGGGAGGACGAUGACCUGUCUCGUUCCGCGGCGGAAGGAUCAUGGCAUGUUUCCUGGACCGGGAAGACGACUGUUUUGCCCGCCGAUGAGCGGCCAAGUGAUAGCGUCCGUCGGGUUUACUUCCUGCUUCCGCCAAACACGACUAUUCCUCCAGUCGUGACCCUUUCAUAUGAGCAUCGGUCUACAACCACAGAGACUACCACCACUACCACCACCCCGCUAUCAAAAAGCAAGGAUACCUUCCAACUCAACCCGCUACCAGCUAUCUUCCCCCCGGAACUCGGGGCAACGGGCCGCUCGGCGGGCAAGAAGGGCGUCCUGCAUACAAUCUGGGCGAAGAAACGGUUGCGCGUGCUGGACCACGAGAUCCGGGAGGAGUUUCUGAACAAUGCGGAGGGAGUUGCGUUGCACAUGGCAAUUCAAGAGAAGGAAUGGAUUGAGUCGAAUUUCGGAGUCAUAUCUGGUGCUGUCGACGCCGUGGCUAGCAGUCACGAGUCGUCCACCUCGUCCUCUGUUUACCCCAUGGCUCCCGCCACGCCCGUGUCGCCAGUUAGUGGACGAAAGCUGAGCGAGAAGCUCAAGGGCUUGAAGCUGCAGACAAGUGAGAAAGACUUGACCGCGAAUGAUGAUCCCGACUCAGCACACCUUCUCUCGCCGCAAUCGCCCGACGUAGCCGUCUCCUCCUUCAACUCAUUCCGCAACGUGAACCGAGCCAUGCACUCGAUGCCGACCCCAGACACAAACCCCACCCCAACACCAAGCACGCAAAUCAAUGCCUCAGAACCCAAUCCGCUCAAGCCCGCCGUCGCCCAUUUCCCGCCGGCAUCUCUCCAAGAAGCGCAGCAGGACACCACCAGCGUAACCGGCUUCGCGGCCCUGGCUCCGAUAGUGCGCGAACCCAUGGCGCGCACCUCGAGCGCAGACUCGGGCGAGGAGCUCUUCGCCAAAGCGCUCAGUCCGCGCUCGCCGGAUCUGCCGCGGAGCCCAUUCUCAUUUGCUUAA